AGGAAACCGGGCAGGUGACACCGUGCUAGGUUGCUCCGGCUCGGCGGGCGAGGGGCUGGCGGCAGCAGCGCGGCCACCAUGCAUGUCAAUGGGAAGGUGGCUCUGGUCACUGGCGGGGCCCAGGGCAUCGGUAGGGCUUUCGUCCAGGCGCUGCUGGGCAAGGGCGCGAAGGUAGCCCUCCUGGACCGCAACUCCGAGGCCGGGCAGGAGAGCAAGGCAGCCCUGGACGAGCAGUUCGAAGGGCAGAGGACGGUGUUCAUCCAGUGCGACGUUACGGACCAGGAGCAGCUGAGAGGUGCUUUCAAAAAAGUGAUUGAGCAUUUUGGAAGGCUGGAUAUUGUGGUUAAUAAUGCUGGAGUGAACAACGAGAAGGACUGGGAAAGCACCAUACAAAUUAACUUGACAUCUGUGAUUAGAGGAACCUACCUCGGCCUAGAAUACAUGGGAAAAAGAAAUGGAGGCGAUGGAGGAGUAAUUAUUAAUAUCUCAUCUUUGGCAGGACUCAUGCCUGCUGCAUUCCAGCCUGUGUACUGUGCUACAAAGCAUGGUGUAAUUGGAUUCACACGGUCAAUAGCACUAGCUGCUAAUAUGGAAAACUAUGGUGUGAGACUCAACACAAUUUGUCCGGGAUUUGUCAACACACCAAUUCUACAGUCAAUAGAUAAAGAAGAGAAUAUGGGACAGUAUUAUUCAUAUAAGGAUGAGAUAAAAAAUAUGAUGCAGUUCUAUGGCGUGAUGGACCCAUCAAGAAUUGCUGAGGGACUGAUAACAAUAAUUGAAGAUGAUACUCUAAAUGGAGAAGUUAUGAAGAUUACAGCAUCCCAAGGGAUUCAUUUUCAACAAUACAACCAAACACCUUUUACAACAUCAAAGAGAUAAAGAAUUGGUUUAUGCUAAUAUUUUUUGACUUUUCUUAAAUAUUAAAAAAUUUUGAAAAGAGCAACUUUUGGAAAAAAAGGUUAGUGUUGUACCUAGAACAGUGACAUUGUUCAGAUAUUCACAUCCUAAAAAUGAAGACAUGGACAAGAAAAUUUGGUGUGGGAAGAAGUUACCAUCUUAUUUUUAUUCUAUAAGUACUAAUAAUACUAUUUAUUCAGUAGAUAAACAGACUGCUCUAAAUACUUUUGAUUAUGUAGUAAUAGCGACCAGUUUUUUCCUUCUGGUAGUUCUGAUCUACAUACUCCCAAGUGUAUUUUGGUGGACCUGACUUACUUUGUAUAAUUCUUUUCACUGUCAUAAGCAUCUGCAUAUUUACAUCUUUAACUUUUCAGAGCAGGAAUUCAUUUUGACAAACUAGCACAUAAAUCUACCAAUAAGGAGUUAAGAUUUUACAUUUUCUUAAGAAAUGUAAAAUAAAACAAGAGGCAAAAUGUUCUUUCCUCAUUUGUAUAUGCAACUGAAUAUGUUGCAUAUCACAGAAGUACAGAUUUUUAUCUUCUUGGAUUUUAGCUAUUUAUAAAAUAGUUCAGAAAUAUUUUUGUUUUCAUAUAUAUAUAUAUAUGAAUUUUCUCUCUCUGUAUAUAUAAGGAUGAAAACUUUGUCAUUGAUUGAAAUAUCUACUUGUUAAAUCUCAUUUUCUAAACCUUUAAAUUUAAUUUCUUGCCUUGAUUGAUUAAAACCUCUAUUAAAUCCAGAA